AUGGCAAAUGAAAUUUCUCGAGUGGAAAGAGAUCUUCCACCGGCGCACUACACACUAAAAAUAGAGUCAUCUCUUCUGGUGAAAUCAGAGAAAGAAAAAUAUGAAUCUGAUACUUUUGAAGCCGGGAGCUACAAAUGGAGACUGGUUCUCUAUCCAGAUGGAAACAAGAAAAGGAAUGGAAACUGCCAUAUUUCUCUCUACUUGGAAAUAGAUGGCGUCGAAUCUUUUUCUGAUAAUUGGGAGGUUUUCGUAAACUUUAAAUUGUUUGUAUUCGAUCAGAUACAUAACAAAUACUUGACCAUUCAAGAUGUUGAUGGAAAAGUAAGACGCUUCCACAAGAUGAAGACUAAAUGGGGUUUCGACCAACUGGUUUCUUUUGAAGAUUUCUAUAAUUCAUCAAAGGGAUACCUUGUUAAUGGUUGCUGUGCUUUUGGAGCUGAAGUUUUUGUUAUAAAACCAACUCACAAAGGAGAAACUCUUUCCAUGGUCAAGCUCAAGCCACCUACUGGUAAAGCAAUUCUAACUUCGAAGAUUGAAAAUUUCUCAAAAUCAGAUAAAAAGGUCCACUAUUCUAAUGAGUAUCCUGUUGGCGAUAGAAAAUGGAAAAUAAAGAUUUACCCCAAGGGAUACGAUUCUGCAGAAGGCGAUUAUUUAUCUGUUUACUUAGUGUUAGAUGCUUUGGAAAAAAAAAUUCCACCUAAGGGGUCAGUUUAUGCAGAAUGCAAGCUGCGAGUACUGGAUCAACGCCACGAUACACUUUGUAAAAGAGGUUUCGGACAUAAGAGGCAAAUCGCAGGACUUCAGUUUUCGAAGUUCAACAUGACCUCCAAACACUGGGGGCAGAUCUUACGUGUGAUUUUGCCGGAAGCUCGAAAGUCCCGUAAGCUCGCAGAGUUAUAG